AUGAAGCGCAAACAGUCUAAAGUGCUCCUGUGCCAGCGGUGCCGCUCGCGCAAAGUGAAAUGCGACUACCAGUCCCCCUGUUCCCAGUGUGUCAAGGCCAAAGUCGAGUGUGUCCAGACCGUCGACGACAUGAGGAAGAAGCGCCCCGGCGUUAGCUACGUGCUGUCGCUCCAGGCGCGCCUCGAGGGCGCCGAGGCGCUCAUCGCCCUCCUCGAGCGGGCGCUGGCGCCCGAGCGCCAACAGCUCCUCGACGACUACCGCGCCCGCGCCGCCAGCGCCAGCGCCGGCGCCGACCACGACUGGCCCACACAUAGCGACGGCUCCUCCACCAGCGGUAGCGGUAGCGGCGCCGGCGCCGGUGGCGCCGCCGCUACCUCUUCGGGCGCGACCGCCGCCAAUAGCGCUACCAGCGCUAACGCCAAUUCGGCGUCCACCACCGUCAAACUCGAGGACGACGACGAGCGCAACGUCGUCUACGGGCCCACCAGCGUCUUUCGCGACGAUACCCUCGCCGGGCGCCGCGCGGCGCUGCCGGCGCCACCGGCGCCGCUGCUGAUCCUGGGAACCCAGCUAAAUAAAGACCCCGAAGUGCUCCACUGCCUCAAGCUCUUCUUUACUUGGCAGUACCCUGACCACAACAUGUUUAUCUUCCGCGAGGCGUUCCUCAUUGACUUCUUUGCCGCCGACGACCGGCGCCGGCGCGCGUCUUACGGCGACAAGGCGCAACUGCGCUACUGUCUGACGGUUUUGGUCCAUGCUCUUUGCGCCGUCGGCGCCCGCAUGCUGGAGGAUGACGUCAUCUACGCCAAGCUGGCGCUGUACUACCGGCGGGCGAAACAAGAGUUGCUUGAGCUGAUGCUGAAGCCGCUGAUCACGCUGAUGCAGGCGUUUUUAGUGCUUGCGUUCUACGAUAUCUGCCAGGGACACAACUCCAGCGGGUGGAUGAUGUCCGGGAAUGCCAUCAGAAUGGGCUACGAUUUAGGGUUUCAAUUGAACCCCGAGGUGUGGUUUGUCGCCGAGGCCCUGAUGCUGCCAUUGGACGUGCUGAUUAGACUGCGUAUUUACUGGGGCGCCUACAUGGCCGACCAUUUCAUCUCGUUGGUAUUGGGACGACCGUCUUUCCUAAAAAGCUCAGACGCGACAAUCCGUGAAACCAACGACUUGCCCGAUUUGGAAUGGAUCGACGACUACACCUACCGAGGCUAUAUCAGAAAACGAGGCAACGGCGCCGACGGCGCCUACGUUAGACUGAAAGAUCUCCUGUACAUUUCGCUGCCGUUAAACUGCAUUAUCAGAUUGAUCAAUAUCUCCGAACUGAUGCUCAACGAGGUGUUCACCAAAGCCGACCUGGCCCACGCCGAUUUUGCCGUCGAACUGAGAUUAUCUCAGUUGACGGAAUAUAACCACAAAAUCAUGUCGUGGAAAGAACUGCUUCCACCUGACUUAAAGUGGGAUAGGGCGGUGCUUAGACAACUGGCGGAAAACCCCACCUUGACCUAUAUCCGCUACUACUACUACAUCUUGCUCCUCUGUCUCAAUCGACCGUUUUUGGGGAUGUUCCUCAAACGACCGCCUCAGUUGCCAGGGUUACUGCUGAUCGAUAUUUGUAAUGACGCCAUCGACGAUUUGUACGUGGCGUUAGACCGGUUUAAACAGACUCACGGACUCAGACGAGCGCUGAUUUUCAUGGUGUAUUGUCUGAUUUUGCUGGUGCUGAUCAUCUUAUUAACCACUCCGUCAGCACAAUUGACCACUCCAUCAGUGAGAACUCGGAUUGAGUUCUUUAUGGAAGUAUUGCGAGGCGCGUCAAAGACGUGGGGAUUGGCGGAUAAAUCGUACCAUCUAAUCAGCAUUAAACUUGGCCAGUUGCUCGAAGAGGCUGAAGCUAAUAGUGCGAACUCCGCUCCUCCCGACACUUCCGGCGUCGGCACCCCUUCCGACAUCCCCACCAACAACAACAACAACACUGCAAAUGCUACCAAUAACAACACUACCAACGGUAACAACAAUGGGGCAAGUGCUACCACUAAUGUUCCUGUCGCCCCGGGACCGGCGCUGCCGAUGAGGUACUACGCGCCGUACCUGACGUUACAGCCACUGGCACCACCGCCACCACCUCUCACCGUACCGCAACUGCACCUGCCGCUGCCCCUGCCCUUCGCUCAAGCCGGCAAUCGACCCCCGCACAUUUCCAACUUGGUCAACCCCGUGGUCCAGCUGAAUUUCCUGGUGCUUGCCAACCCGGCGUUUGUCAACCCCAACGAGCAAUUGGCCAACCCUGAAGAAGAUCUCGACUUCUUAGGCGGACCACCAGUGCUUAUGACCCUGGACUUAUUCAACGAGGACUGGGAACAAUUGUUCCCCGACUAUGGGUUCACCAAAUAG